AUGCAUCCGCUCAAGUCUGGUCAGGGGCUGUUCCCUCGCUACGGCGGAGGCUGGAUGCACCAGUUUGGCCAUGUGUACGCCCUCCAACAAGAGCUUCUGGACACGAAGGCGAAUAACUGGUUCCGCGCAGUGGAGUUGUGGCAUACGGCGCGUCAAGAAGGGGUCGCGAUGAACGUGAGCCACUUCACUUGCAUCCUGCGACAGUGUGUUCAGCCAGGGGCAUGGGCGCAAUCGCUGCAGGUGCUCAAGCAGAUGAAGCGGGAGAACGUGCGUCCCGAUGUGGUCGGCGUUGGCUGCGCGCUGGCCGCGUGCGUUGAAGGGAAGCAUUAUGACGAGGUGGAGAAUAUCUUUGCCACCUUUCACAAGACGAUGCUGCUAGACAGUGUUUGCCACCUGGCGCUGAUCCGCGCGCGGCAAGAGAGCGGCAAUGCCAAGGGCGCCAUCGUGGCUGGCAAGCAGCAGCAAGCGGACCAGGUGCCCUUUCUUCCGUACACCUACACACAUCUACUAGAAGCAUGCAACGCUGAGGAUGAUGCCGCCUACGCCAUGGAGCUCGUCCACAGUAUGCGCAGCGAGCAAUGGGCCCCGUCACAAUGCGCGCUGCUGGCCAUCGAGGAUCUGGGACGGCGCCACGAGGGACUGGCGGAAUUUUCAAGACCACUACUGUUCGCAGGUGACAAGGCAGACAGCGCGCUGCCCUCGCUCGACGCCUCAAAGCGCCUUCCUCCGCCAGAGUCGUGA